AUGCUAACCCCAUCAACAGAUAGUCAGUGGCAGGAAUCCAGAUUCUUUUCCAGUCCACGGGAUUCAUCUGGACCAGCUGGGCAAUCUAGUCCGGUAUUCCGUGCUAAUCAGCAGCAGCGAAACAGACAGAAGCUGGUUGAGAGAGAUCGGAAGAAACAGGAGGCAAUUGUCCAUCGUAGCAACCCAACCGAAGCACGGGAUCGCGUGCCUCGAUAUAAGUCUGCUCAGACUGUGCAGGGCAUCAUCUUGGUCUCGACACACGAGUUACCCGAUCGUCUGCGCAACGUCUUUCCGUUUCCUGUCUUCAAUGCAGUCCAGUCGAGAUGCUAUGACUCAAUCUUCAACACCGAUGACAACUUCGUUCUCUCGUCUCCAACUGGAAGCGGUAAAACCGCUGUCUUUGAGCUCGCCAUCUGUCGAGCGAUCAAGCAGUUCAAAAAUGAGGAGUUCAAGGUCGUCUACCAAGCACCCACGAAGGCCCUCUGCUCCGAGCGGAAGGAAGACUGGACCAACAAGUUCCGACACCUAGACUGCAAAUGCGAGGAGCUGACGGGCGACUCCGACCACUGGCAAAUGAAGAAUGUUCAGGAAGCAACCAUCAUCGUGACGACGCCAGAGAAGUGGGACAGCAUCACGAGAAAGUGGAAAGAUCAUAUGAAGUUGAUGAAAAUGAUCAAGCUCUUUCUCAUCGACGAAGUCCAUAUCCUGCGCGAGGACCGUGGCGCAACUUUGGAGGCAAUAGUCAGUCGCACGAAGUCGGUUGAUUCCUCGGUCCGGUUCAUAGCCGUUUCGGCGACAGUGCCAAACGUGGAGGACAUUGCAGAGUGGCUUGGACGGAGUUCGAACCGAAGUCGCGAGCCUGCACUACUCGAGAAAUUCGGAGAGGAGUUCAGGCCGGUAAAGCUUCAGAAACAUGUCAUUGGCUACGACAUGAAGUCAAGCAACGAAUUUGCUUUUAGCAAGUUCCUGGACAAGAAUCGCUAUAGUCAGCGGAAACCCAUCAUGGUGUUCUGCUUCACGCGACGUUCUUGUGAGGAGACCGCGAAGGCUUUGGCGUCGUGGUGGGCAGGAAGCGGGCUAAACAAUCGACACUGGGACGGCCCCAAGGAGGUCGUCAAAUCAAAACUGCAAGGCUUGAGGGACUGCCUCACAUCUGGUGUUGCGUAUCAUCAUGCCGGACUGGACCUCGAUGACCGUCGCGCAGUCGCCAAAGGGUAUAUGAACGGCAAUAUCAAUGUGAUCUGUUGUACUUCAACACUCGCCGUUGGGAUCAAUUUGCCAUGCCAUUUCGUGGUACUCAAGGGCACUGCAUCCUACUCAAACAAUGUGAUCCGGGAUUACUCGGACAUCGAGGUCAUGCAGAUGCUGGGAAGGGCUGGCCGCCCGCAAUUCGACGACUCGGCCGUCGCCGUGAUCAUGUGCCGACCUGGGCAAGUCGGACGCUAUCAGAAGAUGGUAUCCGGACAGGAAAUUCUCGAGAGCUGUCUGCAUCGCAAUCUCAUCGAGCAUUUGAACGCAGAAGUUGGCCUGGGCACCAUCACGGAUAUCGCCUCCGCGAAACGAUGGCUGACUGGCACAUUUCUCUAUGUACGGCUGAAGAAAAAUCCUACAUACUACAAGCUCAAGGAUGGGGCCCGGAUCAACAAUCUGGACGAAUUGCUGGACGAGAUCUUGAGCAAGGAUAUACAGCAACUGCAAGAGCUAGGGUUGGUCGAGACCGAACCACGAUACAAGGCGACGGAGUAUGGCGAUGCCAUGGCCAGGUACUACGUGUUGUUUGACACGAUGAAGAGCAUCUUACAGUUGCCAACGAAGGCCAAGGUGUCGGAUAUUCUGUCCGCGAUCGCACAAGCGUCCGAAUUCCGUGAGAUCAGAUUCCGCUCGGGAGAAAAGCAGUUCUACAAGGCUGUGAACAAAUUGCCAUUGAUCCGGUUCCCGAUUCCAGUUAACUUGGAUAUGCCUGCGCACAAGGUGUCCCUCAUCAUUCAAUCCAUCCUCGGCGCAAUCGACACGCAAAGUCUUCCUGACAACAAGCUGCAUGCCCACCAGUUCACCGUAGACAAGGCCAUCAUCUUCCAGAAUGUUCGUCGAAUGAUCCGAUGUGUGGUAGACUGCAAGCUCCACAUAGAUGAUUCGAUCUCCGCUCGCAAUGCUCUUGCCUUCUCGCGCAGUCUUGCCGCAGAGGUAUGGGAUGACUCACCUAAUAUCCUCAAACAGCUUGAUGGUGUCGGGAAUGUCGCGGUACGAAAGCUUGUCAAUGGCGGCAUUAAGGACUUCGAAACAUUGGACCAGACUCCGGCCCAUAGGAUUGAGAUGAUCAUGUCCCGAAACCCACCGUACGGCCAACGAAUGCUAGACAAAGCUAAACUAUUCCCAAAGCUGCGGGUUUGUCUGCAAAUGAAUGGGGCUCCCAGCAUCAAGCGUGGCGAAGGGGCGUCCAUCAAUGUUCGAGCGGAGAUCGGCUUCAUGAACGACAUCGUCCCCGCCACGUUUAACAGGCAGUCGGUCUUCAUCUGUUUCCUUGCCGAGACGUCGGAUGGGCAAAAGAUACAUUUUUGCCGAAUCAGCGCCAAGCAUCUCGAUGCCGGGAAAGAUGUGCUCUUUUGCGCCAACCUCACGAGCACGACGCAGAUGAUCUUUGCGCACGUUAUGUGCGAUGAACAAGCCGGGACGCUGAGGACUGCUUCGUUGAAGCCGACCCUUCCCGCCCAUGCUUUUCACCUUGUGGAGAAGAAGAGCGACCAGAGAGAUAUUCGCGGGAUGAUGCAAUCCCAGGAAGCAGAGAAGAAGUCCAACAAUCUGUUCCCGAAUGAAGUUCCCGCGGAAGAACUCGACGAUGCCGAUUUCGACUGGGAUGAUUUCGAUGCGGCUGCUGCUGCUGUCAAUGAUUUCCAAGAUAUCGACGACUUGAUCGCCGAAGGGCCAGAGAAAAGGUCCCAGCAGCAGAAGGUCAGCUUCUUCGCCGCACCGGAUACAUCGGAGCCAAAAGAACCCAAGAAGCUUCCAAGCGGCAAAUGGGAAUGUAAUCACCCUUGCAAGGACAAGGCGAAGUGUAGGCAUCUUUGCUGUAAAGAAGGGGUUGAUAAGCCCCCUAAG